UGACGUAUAAUCUAGUGGACGGGACGGGAAGUUUCUUCAACAAUAGCUUGUCAGCCACCUCCGUAGCUUGUUAGCCAAUAUAGCCGAAACGUAUUAGCUCUUUAGACUGUUUCAGUGUAUAUUGGUCCCUGUGUUUUAAACAUACUUAUUUCGUAUAGCUAGUUUCCCCAUUUAAUUAAAUAUAUGCGUUGUUAAGUUAGUAGCUAGCUGGAUUGCUAAAUUAGCUUAGAACCAGGCUAGUCGUUAAUGCUAACUAGCUAACAUCCCCAACCAUGAGCUCACUAUUCUACUCUCCUCCAGCUAAACAAGAGGGGAUCUGCUGGACGGAGAAAGAAGCUCUGGGACUGAACAUUGUCGUGAAAGAAGAAGCGGAGGAUGUUUCAGUAAAAGGAGAGGAAGAAGCUUUCAGAAUGAAAGAGGAGGAAGAGGAGGCUAUCAGUAUCACAUGGGAAGAAGAGGACGAUAAUGUUAGAGUGAAAGAAGAGAAAGAACAUUUUAGAGUGAAAGAUGAAGAGGGGAUAGAGGCUGUCACAGUAGAAGAAGAGGAGGUAGAAGCUUUCAGAAUUAAAAAGGAGGAAGAGGAGGAUGUAACAUUGAAAGAAGAAGAAGAGGAGGAGGAGGAUGUUAUAGUGGAAGAAGAGAAAGAACCUUUUAGAGUGGAAGAGGAGGCUAUCUUAAGAAAAGAGGAGGAAGACGUUUUGGGGGUGAAAGAGGAAGAAGAGGAGACUGAAGAUCUGAUUAACACCAGAGAGGGACCAGACUCUCACUCUGACAGCAGGAAGAGUCCUUCAGGGGAGCCAGACCCAGAGACGUCCAAACCAGCGAGACCACACCACUGCUCCCACUGUGGAAAGAGUUUUACCCGGUUCUGGAACCUAAAACAGCAUGAGACGAUGCACACAGGAGAAAAGCCUUUUCAAUGCUCCCAGUGUGGAAAGAGUUUUACCUGGUUAAGGGCCCUGAAUAGGCAUGAAGAACUACAUACAGCAGGGAGGAAGACCUACCAAUGCUCCCAGUGUGGAAAGAGUUUUACUCAGUUAGGAAGCCUGAAAAUACACGAGAGAAUCCAUACAGGAGAGAAGCCUUACCCCUGCUCCCUAUGUGGAAAGAAGUUUACCAUGUUAGGCAAUCUUAAAAAGCACGAGAAAAUACACUCAGGAGAGAAGCCUUACCACUGUUCCCUGUGUGGCAAGAGUUUUACCCAGAUAGGGAGCCUGAAAACACAUGAGAGAAUGCACACAGGAGAGAAGCCUUACUACUGCUCCCAGUGUGGCAAAUAUUUUUCUCAUUUAGAGACCCUGAAAAUACAUAAGAGAAUACAUACAGGAGAAAAGCCUCACCACUGCUCACUGUGUGGAAAGAGUUUGACCACUUUAGGCAAUCUAAAAGAGCAUGAGAGGACACACACGGGAGAAAAGCCUUUUAAGUGUUCCCUCUGUGGAAAGAGUUUUACCCAUUUAGCGAGCCUGAAAAGGCAUAAAGGAAUACACACAGGAUAAAAGCCUUACCAAUUCUCCCAGUGAGGAAAGAGAUUUUCACGAUUACAGGACCUUACAUCACAUGAGAGGACACACCUGACCACUGCUCCCAAUGUGGAAAGACUUUUACCUUGUUAGGGAUCCUGAAAACAUUGAGAGUAAACAUAGGAGAAAAGAUCUUCCACUGUUCUCAGUGUGGAAUAAGAUUUUACCCCGUUAUGUAACCUGAAAGAGCAUGAAAGAACUCAUACAAAUACACAGGAGGAGAAGACAUACCACUGCUCUCAUUGUGGAAAACAUUUUCCCAGUCAGAGGACUUGAAAACACAUGAGAGAAUAGACUCUGUGUUCUGACUUAUGUUUUUGACCUGAGAAUUUGGGGAUUUGUUUAAUACCACAUUAAAUCAUACUCAAAAAAAAGUUUACAGGAAUUCCCACCUGUUUAGCUAAUAUUUAUAUUAGCUGUAAACCUUUUUUGAGUAUGAUUUAAUGUGGUAUUAAAUAUAUAUUUAUCUAUAUAGAUAUAUAUAUAUGUUUUUUGUUGUUUUUGUGGUUGCCUGUUUUGCAUGUUAUUUUGGCAUUAAUAUGUGUCACAUCAGUUUGAAAACAAUGUAAAAAAAAUAUGAAUUAAUAAAUAUUGCAUUAAUAAAGCCGCAUACAAACUUUUUUGCUUUCUUGAGUAAGGCAGCUCCAAAAUGCAGGUGUUUCAGCCUAGCUCAGUACUUUCUGUGGUGGUGGAGCAGCCAGCGGAAAAUACGGAGCGAAGGGGUUGGUAAUGUUCUCUAAUUGCGCCGUGAUUGUAAGAUGGAGCAGAAGGCAGACGCCCCCAACCGAUUGUUUUUUUGUUUGUUUAUCGGCGUUGUAUGUAACUUAUUUUUGUACAUAAUGUUGCCGCUACCGUCUCUUAUGACCGAAAAUAACUUCUAGACAUCAGGACUUUAGACUAGCAGAAUCCUUUUUCUUCUUUCACCACUCUGACGAGGCGGAGGCUCCCUCGGGAACAGGCCCCGACCCCUAGGAUCUGCGUAAAGAGGAGGCGGAGAAAGAGAGGCCGGAGGGCGGGCUGCCUUCUGAGGAGUCGGAGGCGAUUGAAGAAAAAAAACACUCCCCUCAAUUCUGCUCACAAACAUGCAAUCUUUGGACAAUAAAAUGGACGAGUUAUUGGGAAGAUUAAACUACCAACAGGACAUUCAAAACUGUAACAUCUUAUGCUUCACAGAGUUGUGGCUGAACGACGACACUAUCAACAUACAGCUGGCGGGUUUUAAGCUUUUUCAGCAGGAUAGAAUAGCGGCCUCUGGUAAGACAAGGGGCGGCGGACUAUGUAGAUUUGUAAACAACAGCUGGUGCACGAUAUCUAAGGAAGUCUCGAGCUAUUGCUCGCCUGAAGUAGAGUUUCUCAUGAUAAGCUGUAGACCACACUAUCUACCGAGAGAGUUUGUCUAUAUUCUUUGUAGCUGUUUACAUACCACCACAGUCAGAGGCUGGAACUAAGACCUCAUUGAAUGAGCUGUAUUCUGCCAUAAGCAAACAAGAAAACGCUCACCCAGAGGCGGUGCUCCUAGUAGCCGGGGACUUUAAUGCAGGGAAACUUAAAUCAGUUUUACCAAAUUUCUGUCAGCGUGUUUAAUGUGCAACCAGAUGGAAAAAAACUCUGGACCACCUUUACUCCACACACAGAGACGCAUACAAAGCUCUCCCUCACCCUCCAUUUGACAAAUCUGACCAUAGUUCUAUCCUCCUGAUUCCUGCUUACAAACAAAAAUUUAAGAGGGAAGCACCAGUGACUCGGUCUAUAAAGAAGUGGUCAGAUGAAGAAGGUGCUAAGCUACAGGACUGUUUUGCUAGCACAGACUGGAAUAUGUUACGGGAUUCUUCCCAUGGCAUUGAGGAGUACACCACAUCAGUCACUGGCUUUAUCAAUAAGUGCAUUGAGGACGUCAUCACCACAGUGACUGUACGUACAUACCCCAACCAGAAGCCAUGGAUUACAGGCAACAUCCUCACUGAGCUAAAGGCUAGAGCUGCCGCUUUCAAGGAGCGGGACUCUAACCCGGAAGCUUAUAAGAAAUCCCGCUAUGCCCUCCGACGAACCAUCAAACAGGCAAAGCGUCAAUACUGGACUAAGGUCGAGUCGUACAACACCGGCUCGUCGGAUGUGGCAGGGCUUGCAAACCAUUACAGACUACAAAGAGAAGCACAGCCGAGAGCUGUCCAGUGACACGAGCCUACCGGAUGAGCUAAACUACUUCUAUGCUUGCUUCGAGGCAAAUAACACUGAAAAAUGCAUGAGAGCACCAGCUGUAUCGGAAGACUUUUAAGUCACUACAUUCCUAAAGAAAAUAAUGUACUUUUUACUCCAUACAUUUUCCCUGACACCCAAAAAUUGCGGGAGAGGAAAAUAGUCAAAUUCACGCACUUAUCAAGAGAACACGUGGUCAUCCCUACUACCUCUGAUCUGGCGGACUCACUAAACACAAAUGCAUAAUUUAUGUAGCCCCUGGCUAUCUGUACAUUUGAAAAACAAGAAAAUGGUGCCAUCUGCUUUGCGUAAUAUAAGGAAUUUGAAGUGAUUUAUACUUUCACUUUUGAUAGUUAAGUAUAUUUAGAACCAAAUACUUUUAGACUUUUUUUUAGUAGUAUUUUACUGGGUGACUUUCACUUUUGCUUGAGUAACUUUCUAUAGUUUUACUCAAGUAUCACAAUUGGGUACUCUUUCCACCACUGCCGUUUUAUCAUUUUGAAGUUUCAUUCAGGUCUUUCUGUUUAACUAAAUACUCUGUUUU